CGGCCCCGCCCCAAGAUGGCGGCGGUCCCGCCCCGCCGCGCCCCCAGCCCGUCCCCGCGGCCUCCCGCCCUCUCACGCUGCCGCUCCGUCCCCGCCGCGCCGCCGUACCCGCCUCAGCGGCGCCCCCCGGCCCUCGCCUCCGUCCCUCCCUCCCUCCCGGUGCGGUGCGGGAGCCAGCGGCGCGCCCCCGGUUCCCGGUGCUGUCUCCCUCCUUCACAGCCCGCCGCCAUGCUGGCCGCCAGCGCCUCUCUGCUCCGCCGCUGCGCCGUCUCCGGCCUCCGCGCCGCCGUCCGCCGGCCCGCCGGCCCAGCAGCUGUGCUUCCUGCCCGCUGCUACUCUCACGGGUCACAAGAGUCAGAUGAAGAAUUCGAUGCUCGCUGGGUGACGUAUUUCAACAAGCCAGAUAUCGAUGCCUGGGAGCUCAGGAAAGGCAUCAACACGCUGGUGGGUUACGACCUGGUCCCGGAGCCCAAGAUCAUCGACGCGGCUCUCAGGGCCUGCAGACGGUUAAACGACUUUGCCAGCGCUGUCCGCAUCCUAGAAGUCGUAAAGGACAAGGCAGGACCCCACAAGGAAAUCUAUCCUUAUGUUAUCCAGGAGCUUAGACCAACUUUGAGUGAACUUGGAAUCUCCACUCCAGAGGAACUGGGCCUGGACAAAGCAUAAACCUUGCUGGUGGAUUACUCAAGUGUUCUGCUGAUGCUACCAGAUUGUACACCGUCACUUGGAGACACAAACUUUAAAUCUUACCUGACAUAACUUCUUCCUUUAUUGAGUCGCAAUGGAAAUGCCGUGGAGUUGGGCCUAAUAAAGGAAAAACUGGUUUGACCCAUGUGGUA